AUGCUCGUCUCCGAAUACUUGAGAAAUACAGCUCUCGGCGGCACAAUACGAUUUGUCUCGAGAUAUAGAUGGCUCAUGCACCCUAGUCAUGCACCGCUGUCCUCUGUAAUCUCGGCGUCUUCAAACUCAGACCACAAGCAUGGCCAUGACAUGAUACUGGUUGACUGGUCUUCCGAAAACGACCGUGAGAACCCCCAGAACUGGUCGACAGGAAGAAAGUUGUUUGUGUCCGCAUUGAUAUGUCUGUACACUUUCACCGUGUACUGCGGAUCCUCCAUCUAUGUCCCAAGCACCGCGCAGCUGAGAGAGGAAUUUGGCGUUUCAGAGACCCUCGCAUCUCUUGGUCUCGCCAUGUAUGUUCUUGGGUAUGGCCUUGGGCCCUUGCUCUUCUCGCCGUUGAGUGAAAUUCAGCAAAUCGGCCGCAAUCCUAUAUAUAUAAUCACUUUUGCCAUUUACUUGAUUCUCUCAGUCGUCGCAUCGACGUGCCGCAAUUUUGCUGGGUUUAUUGUCGUGCGAUUUCUUCAAGGCUUCUUUGGCAGUCCAUGCCUGGCGACUGGGGCGGCCUCCUUGAGCGACAUGCUAUCUGUUAUAAAAAUCCCGUAUGCCAUGUCGGCCUGGUCAGGAGCCAUGUACGCAGGGCCUGCGCUGGGACCGUUGCUUUCCGGCUACGCCGUUGUGGAUAGAGGCUGGCGUUGGUCAAUGUGGGAAAUUGUCUGGCUGUCCGGACUGGUGUUUGUUCUGUUAUUUGCAUUCUUGCCCGAAACCGCAACACCUACUUUGCUCCAUUACAAGGCCAAGCGCCUUCGUCAGGAAACGGGCAAUUCUGGCUACAAAGCGAAAGGCGCGCGAAUCCUGUCUCGAGGGGACAUGGCCAGGAUGGCCCUCAUUAAGCCGUUUGAGAUUACCAUCAAGGAUCCCGCCAUUGCCUUCGCAAACCUAUACACAUCAUUCACCUACGGCAUCUACUACUCAUUCUUUGAAGUCUUCCCACUCGUGUACCCUAAGAUCUACGGCAUGGGUACAGGCGACACGGGUGCAGUCUUUCUUUGUGUACUCAUCGCAUGCAUCCUGGGUGCAGUAUGGUAUUGCCUCUGGUAUCGACUUACCACCGAGCCACGCUUCAGGCAGCUCGGCACUUUCGAUGUGCAAGAAACGUUCCUCAAACCUGGUUUGAUUGGUGUCUUUGGCUUCCCCAUUGGCCUCUUCCUCUUUGGCUGGGCGGCACGUGCAUCGGUGCCAUGGCCUGUGCCUACUCUGGGCAUUGUCAUUGUUUGUGGAUGCUCAUUCGUCGUUGGGCUCGGUAUCUUCAUCCACCUCCCGCUCAGCUACCCGCAAUAUGCUGCCAGUCUAUUCGCGGCGAAUGACGCGCUUCGAAGUUCUUUCGCCACAGCGGCCAUCUUGUUUGGUCGGCCGCUGUACCUGAAUCUAGGCAUCGGAAAGGGAUGUAGUCUUCUAGCAGCCAUCAGUGCUAUCGGCGUUGCGGGCUUCUGGUAUCUUUAUUUGCACGGCGACAAGCUCCGAAAGCGUAGCAAAUUUACCGUGCAUUAG